AUGAACGCUGCAACACACUUGACCACCGCAUCUACUGCACCCUUCUGGGGCAGCAAUGCCAAAGUUCCUACUCAGUUAAAAGCACUUGGAUCUCUUGGAAUGAUCUUGAUAUGCCCGAUUUUUACUCUUUGGGUUCUUACAGCAUGUACAUAUUAUGAAUGUUCACUUGUAUGGAGUAUACGGCAGUUAUUAAAGACAAAAUAUAUAGGAUUGGUGCAGCAAAGUGUUAAAUGGGUGCCAAAACCCACACGGAAUACGUUGAUUGCAUAUAGUGGAUGGGUAGUGUUUCAAGGAAUUUUGUAUAAAAUUUUACCGGGAAAAACGGGAUUUGGGCAAAUGACGCCUGCAGGAUAUUGUCUUUCAUACAAGGUGAAUGGUCUGCGGGCGUAUAUACUUACCCAUGUAUUAUUCUUUGUGCUGGUACACUUUGGAGUGUUUCGUGCAUCAGUAAUAGUAGAUUAUUGGCCGAGUUUUUAUGUGGCGGCGAAUAUUUAUGGAUAUAGUUUGUCAUUUUUUUCAUUUAUUAAGGCACAUUUGUUUCCAUCACAUUCAGAAGACUGCAAGUUUAGUGGUAGUUUAAUAUAUGAUUUUUGGAUGGGAAUUGAGCUGAAUCCGCGAUUUGGGAAGUUAUGGGAUUUUAAACUUUUUCAUAAUGGGCGUCCGGGGAUUAUUUGUUGGACAUUGAUUGAUAUAAGUUUUGCAGCAGCACAGCGGCAGCGUAUAGGAUAUAUUACGAAUUCUAUGUAUCUUAUUAUUUUUCUCCAUGGUCUUUAUGUUUUAGACUUUUUUUAUCAUGAAGACUGGUAUUUACGUACAAUUGAUAUAUGUCAUGAUCGUUUUGGUUUUUAUCUUGCAUGGGGAGAUACAGUGUGGCUUCCUAUGAUGUAUACCCUUCAAGCUCAGUAUUUAUAUCGGAAUCCUGUUGAUUUGCAUCCAUAUUAUGCAGUGAUUAUUUUAGUUUGUGGAAUACUUGGUUAUGUUAUUUUUAGGGGAGCAAAUAAUCAGAAAGAUCAUGUACGUUUGACAGAUGGGAACUGUAAGAUUUGGGGAAAAUCUCCUAAACUAAUUCGGACAACAUAUACAACAUUGGACGGUAAAAUUCAUAAAUCUAUAUUACUAUGUUCUGGUUAUUGGGGCCUUGCACGGCAGUUUAAUUAUAUAGGCGAUCUUCUUUUAGCAUUCUCUAUGUGUGCUGCAUGUGGCUUUAAGAAAAACGCUCUUUUAGCCUAUUUUUACAUUAUAUAUAUGUUUAUUCUUCUUAAUCAUCGCGUUUAUAGAACCGAGAAACGAUGUUCUGCAAAAUAUGGUCAUUAUUGGAAGGAGUAUUGUAAAAAAGUCCCUUACAGGCUUUUUCCGGGUAUUUACUAA